CGGCGGAGCCGCCGCGAUCGCGGCCGGGCUGCAGCGGGGAGCGGGGCCGGGCCGGUGGCCGCCGUGGGGAUGGGCAGAGCCAGCGCGGCGCGGCUGCGGGGCCUCCAGGCGUGACAGCGGGGCGGGGAUGGGCCAUCCACGCGUGGCGCCGGGGCGUCCCGGGACAACGGGAGAGCGGCGGAGCCGUGCGCUGUGACAGCGGCAUGGCGGCGGCUGGAGCGCUGCUGUAGCAUCCGCACCGCUGUGGGACCUGCAUCCACAUGGUGUGACAGCGAGCCAUGGAGCCGGGCACCAUCGACAACCUGUCCAUCCUGUACCAGAGCUCCGACUUCAUCGUGGUCAACAAGCACUGGGACCUGCGCAUCGACAGCAAGAUGUGGUACGAGACGCUGACCCUGCAGAGCCAGCUCAAGCACCGCUUCCCCGAGCUGGCCGACCCCGACACCUACUACGGCUUCAGGUUCUGCCACCAGCUGGAUUUCUCCACCAGUGGGGCUCUGUGUGUGGCACUCAACAAAGCGGCGGCGGGAAGUGCCUACAAGUGCUUCAAGGAGCGCCUGGUGACCAAAGCCUACCUGGCCCUGGUGAGGGGCCACGUGAGCCAGAGCCGGAUGACGAUCCGCUACGCCAUCGGGAAGAACACCACGGAGGGCAUGACCCACAUGAUGUGCAUUGAGGGGACAGAGGGCUGUGAGAAUCCCAAGCCGUGCCAGUCGGAGCUGAUUGUGCUGGAACAUGGAUCCUACAGUGGAGACCCCGUCACCAAAGUGCUGCUGCAGCCACUGACAGGGAGGACUCACCAGCUCCGGGUUCACUGCAGCGCCAUUGGCCACCCCAUCGUGGGGGACUUCACCUACAGCCACAGGCAGGACAGCAAUCCCUACAGGAUGAUGCUCCACGCCUACUACCUGCGCAUUCCCACCGGGAAGGAGCUGAUCGAGGUGUGCGCGCCCGACCCCUUCGUCACCGCCAUGGACAGCAACUGGGUGCCCCAGAACAUCACCCAGCGGCUGGAGGACGUCAUCCAGGAGCUCAAGGACAAGGGGACACAGAAGGAGGAGGAGGAGGAGGAGGAGAGCCAGGAAGCUGCUGGAGAGGAGGAAGCAGGGAGUGAAGGCAGCAGGGGGGAGACGGAGGAGCAGCGGGCGCGGUGCGAGCAGUGGUUGGCUGAGUGGGCUCUGGAGUGAGCACAAAGCACAUCCCUGCAUUUCCAGCUCCACCCUUAUCCCAGCGGGUCCUCACGGAGCCCAGCGCUGCCUCCACACCUGCACUCCCUGUCUGGCUUCCCUCACUCCUGGGGCUGGCAUCAGGUGGAUUUUAGGAGCGGUUGAGGUGGGGUUGUUUUGUAGUGUCCAUCAUCCAUCUGGCCAUGGGAUGUCCCUUUCCCAAUCCUGGGCCUCAGCAGCAGAGUCACAUUCCAGCUUAGAGUGACCCCAAAGCUUUCCAUCCCUGUCCUGGGGCUCGGGCACAGCUGGGCACUGCCUUUGCCGUGGACAUUCCCACAACCUCUCCGUGCUUGGAUGUGGAAUUACAGCCCAGCACAGGGAGGGGAGAACGUGCUGGCUGCAGCUCCAGUGUCCGUGUCCCCCAUUCCCAUCCCCUCACUCCAGCUGCUGUGUCUCAUGGGAGGUUGGGGGCUGGAGCACGUCCUGGGGACACCGAUAGUCCCCCAGUUCCAGGGUGUCCUGUGGAACUGGACUGGGAUGGGCAUGGAAAGGUCCCUGCCCCUCGCCCCCUUCCUCCCUCAGCCUGCCUGGGGGGUUUUUAAAGGAUUGGUGAAGGUGAAGGAGUUGAUACCAAGGAUUUUAAAACUUUUUUCAAUUUUCUAGGAAGAGAAUCUAGUCUUUUAGGGUUUGUAAAAUAUGGGUGGUCUCAGGAAUGAGGUAUUUUUAGUACUUCCAUGGUCAGAGAGCCAGCAGCCCAAAGCUUUUUUAAUGGAUUUUAUUACUCCUUCUACUGGCACUGCCUUUCCUGCUUUUAUCCCUGCUGAGACAGGUCAGAGAACACAAGUCCCUUUCUGCUCACUCACAUGAGGAAGGAUCAGUGUCUUGUGGGGUCCCAUGGGGUGAGUCCUGCCUGGCAGGUUUCCAGAGGGUCCUGCAGGCAGGUCCUUCAGCUGGGCACUUUGGGAAAGCUCUGGAGCAGUUGGAAAAGGAUAAAGCUGAGAAAGAAAGGCUGAGAACUGAUGGGAAGAGCAGGCAGGAGGAGCUCAGCUUUGACAGAUGCCAAGAAAUUCCCUGGGAAGUGCCCUUGCUUUGCUGGUCAUCCUGCUUUGCUUUCCCCUUCCUCUGCAGCCCUUGGGGGAUGUUUGGAAAUGAGGAGAACAGGACAGCUGGGUAGGGACAGAGGGGCUGGAGCCCCACAGCCCCAUCCCAGGGCUUUCAAUAACCACAUCAGCACCCAGAGUUGGUGCCACCCCACCACCCCCAUCCCGUGUAAAACGCACCUGAUGGGCUUCACACAGCUGAUAUUGCCACCCUGAGGCGUGUGGAUAAACACACCCUGCAAAUCACCAAAAUCCCCGGGGGGGUGGAAUUGGAUCACCUGUCCCGUGUGUCUCUUCCUUUCGUGGCUGGGUGCCACAGGGUGGGGAUGGCCUGAGGUGCCCGCGCUGGGCACUGAGCGGGCACUGCGGGCUCUGGGCUGCUGCAGAGGGCUCCGGGGGAUGCUGAAGGAGCAGGAGCCCGUUGUCCUUGCUGGCAGGUCCUGUCUCACCUUUUGGGAGGGGCUGGGAGCUGGAAAUGAGCACAACGAACCCGUUUGUCAAAGAUUUGGGGGGGUGACGCUGGCAAGUGACAGCAGAGAUUGGCACGUCCCCAGGGACUCGGCCUUCAUCAUCCUGCCGGGAUGAGGGGUGGGGACAUGGGGACAUGGAUGGGGCUGGCACCCUGAGCCCACUAGGUUCACAUUGAGGAGCCCCCACAC